CCUGAUGUUGAAAAGAUGUCCGUGGUCUGUCUGUUUCAGAGGCUCGCGCUGUCCAGGCAACACCUCAGGUCUCCUUUGCCCAGCGUGACGGCCUUCAGCCGUUCCUACCGAGGGGACAGCCCGUCAGAUUCCCAGAAAGACAUGAUCGAGAUCCCGCUGCCCCCGUGGCAGGAGCGAACCGACGAGCCCAUCGCCACCAAAAGGGCCCGCCUGCUGUAUGAGAGCCGGAAGCGGGGCAUGCUGGAGAACUGCAUCCUGCUCAGCCUCUUUGCUAAAGAGUAUCUGCAUCAAAUGACGGAGAAACAGCUGAACCUGUACGAUCGCCUGAUUAACGAGCCCAGUAACGACUGGGAUAUUUACCACUGGGCCACAGAAGCCAAACCAGCCCCGGAGAUAUUCGAAAACGAAAUCCUGGCGUUGCUCAGAGACUUUGCUAAAAACAAAAACAAGGAGCAGCGGCUGCGCGCCCCGGACCUCGAGUACCUCUUCGAAAAGCCCCAGUGAGCGUGCCCCUGCCCGGCUUCCCUGCCCCUCCUCCUGGCCCUCAGCUGCCCCUCCUCCUGGCCCUCAGCUCUCGCACCCUCCUGCCCGGGUAGGGGCCCCUCCUCCCCCACCCUCUCCCAGGACGUUAAAUGUUCAGCAUCUCCUAGUCUAGUGCUGCUUGCUCAGUCCUGGGCCUCGAGCGGGGGUUAGAGUGUGAUGUGCAUGAACUGUCUUUCAAAUCGCCAUUCGCCUCCCACCAGCCACGCUGAACCACCUUCCCCUGGUUUUGGGGGAAUCUGGUAUUUAAAAAGCACGGAUUGUGUGUUUUUACACAGAUGUGUAUCCAUUUUACCUGUAGCAAACAGUGAUUAAAGAAAACAACAUUAA